AUGGGACCAUCGUCAACUGCUGUCUGCCAUGUCCUUUUGCGGACUUGCGAUAUGGUAAUGUCUGACCUCCGUCGACCAAUAGACACUGCCAAGCGAGUCGAGAUCGGAAGCUGGAUCAGUGUCGCCAUCCUCCCUCUGUGUAUCUUCCUGCUCGUCUCUUAUGCCGUCCUGCCGGUCAAAUGGACCAAUCGUCAUUAUCUGAGUAUCUGUUUCACUUUGGGUAUCUGCUGCAUGGAGAUCGCCUUUAUUAUUCCUCUUGGGGCCAAACCGGACCAGUGCUUCAACAAAAUCACGCCCAAUGAUAUGUACUCGGAUCUUUCCUGCGCCUUUUCAGGUGCUUUGCUUCUUUUCGGUGGAUGGCUCGUCGUCAUGUGGAGUUUCAUCCGUACUGCGGCAUUUCAUCUCCAGGUCUGCUGGGAGCUCGUGCUGGGCCCCAAGUUCAUGUGGCUUGCGUUCUUGGCUGGCUUUGGUAUCCCUGCCGUGGGUCUGACCGUCAUGCUGAUUCUCACGGGCGUCUCCUUCCGCUUUGGCCAGAUGUGUCACAUCAACACCAAAUACGGCUCCCAGGACUACUGGUAUCCUCUCAUCGCCUUCACAGCUGCCGCCCUGAUCCUUCAAUUCCUCACCAUGCUCUAUUGUAUCCAUGUCUAUGUGCGGUCUCUCUUCGACAAGUCCGGCUCGGCGACCGAUAACUCGAGCAGUCUGCCGGGUUACUCCUCGAGUGUCCGCACCGUCACCGCCCGUCAGGCCUACCGUCGUGUGCAACGAGUGGUUCGGCUCCAAUGGCGAGGCGCUGCCCUCGUGCUCAUCAUUCUGGCCAACGUGAUCUUCUUCGCCGUCGUGUUUAUCAAGAUGGAUAAUUCCACCGACCCGACUCGGGCAAAUAUGGAAAAGGCCAAGACCUGGAUCACUUGUCUUGCCAUCGGGGGAACCAGUCAACAAUGCAAACAAUAUGCUUCUGGGUUUGGUCCAGACGAGGGGACCCUCUUGGCGGUCGUCUACCUCCUCUCGCUGGUCGGCUUCUGGAACUUUGUUCUCUUUGCCCGGCCAUCCAUGUUUGCCGGCUGGGUGGACUUUAUUCGGAAUGGAUUUUCCUCCACCUCUCACGAAUUUGUCUCUGCGGACGCCUAUCGCAACGUGGAUCACAAGGGAUUCGAAAUGCUCACCACCUCGAGCGGGAAAGCCGCUGAACCAUACUACAACAUGCGCUCGCCCAGUCCCGAUCAGAUGCGAGGCGUCGGCAGCUCCCCACCUCGCAUGAUGCAGUCUCCCAGUCCCACCUACCAUCCACAGGGCCGGCAGAGUCCUAUGGCCACGAGUCCCACUUCGGAACGCAAUGGGCGCUAUGGACACCAGGAAGCACGAUAUACCCGUCCGUCCCUGAGCUUCAGUGGACCCCGUCCACCUACAUCUCCAACCCCCGGAGGACGCGAUUGGGAUCCCGCCACGACAUUUGCACGAGGCGAAGUAUGA